AUGAAUUCUACCCAAUCCCAGGCCUCUACUAACCCCAAACCCGUCUUGCAUGGUGUAAGAAUUAAACAAAGAAAAGGUGUCCAAAAAGCCAACGCUAAACACGAGCCUGAGAUUUUCAGAGAUCAAUUGCUCGCACAAUUAAAAACUAUUAAGGAAGGUGAUCUUGAAGCUAUCUCUUCAAAGCUGGAUAUACUUGGUAAUACGCUUGAAUAUCGUAAAUACGGUGAUUCUCUUUUCGAAAUCCUUAUUACUGGUGGUAUCUUAGAACCUGGAGGAAUUAUUGAUGAUGAUGCUGAGCGAAGCCCUUUCUGCCUUUUUGCAGCAGAAGAUGAUGCCGCCGUGAUUAAAAAGUAUGUCGAGGUCUUUAACAAACUGAUCCGUCGUUACAAAUACUUGCAAAGAAUCUUUGGAGAGACACUUCAAAACAUCUUGCAAUUCAUCAACAAGUGGCAACCCGAGGAGAACUCCAAACUGGCCAAAUCCACUGGUUUCUUUAUCUGCAACCAACUUGUCCCCUCGUCUGUGUUGAAGGUUCUUUUGCAAGACUACCUUGUCAAGGAUGGUCAUGCUCUCAACUUCACCACUACUGUCUUCCGCACCGUCUUGGAUGAACAAAACAUUGAACAACUUGGCCGUAUCUUGGCUAGCGAAGGUUUGAACUCUCGUAUCAUCGAAUUCUUCCCCCCCAACAAGCGUGAUGAAGACUGCCUUGUCCGUCACUUUGAAGCCGAGGACAUGAAGGAGUUGGUCGACUAUUACCGUAGAAACAAGAAGAACUCCAUGAAGGGUUCUCUUUUGGCUGACUUGACCGAGCUCUUGCAAGGCGAUUCCUCUGAUGCCGAAGUCACCAGUUUCAUCAAGAGCAACAUGAAGGAAGCCAGCUUGACGGAAGCUGAUGUGAUUCCCAUCAUCUGGCAAUCCAUGAUGAACACGGUGGAUUUGAUGGGUCGUGCUGACCAAAUCGAAGCUCAAGUUUUGCGUGCUAUUGCUGAAUGGAGCAAGGUUUUGGAAUUCUUCUGUGGUUCCCCCAAGACUGAAAUUGUCCUCUUGCAAAAGGUUCAAUCCACUUGUUACGAUGAUGUUCGAUUGGCCAAGUACUUCCGUCGUAUCAUCCAAACAUUGUACAAGAACGACGUCUUGUCUGAUAACGCUAUUCUCUAUUGGAAUGACAAGGCUCAUCUUCCCCAAGGUAAAACCAUCUUUUUGAAGCAACUGGAACCUUUUGUUGUUUGGUUGAGAGAAAAUGAGAGCAGCGAAGACGAGGAUUCCGAUUAA